CUCCACGCGUGGGCCGGGAGCCGCCCCGCACCGGCCCCGCUCCGCACGGAGCCGCCCGCCUGCUCGCCCUCCUUCCCGCCCUCCUUCCCUCCCCGCAGGGCGCCCCGCGGGGCUGGGGGUCUUUGGGGUUCCCGGAGGUUUCGGCUCGGCCGGCCGCGGAGAGAGACGAUCUCAGAACUGUUCUUUAACGGCCAUAACUUCUAUAGCCUUUCUGAUGAAAUCAGUGCAAGUAACCCUGCCUAGAGAAGCAUGCAGGCAAGAGGUCUGUCAUCAUGUCGGUCAGCGUCCACGAGAACCGUAAAUCCCGGACCAGUACCGGCUCCAUGAACAUCUUGCUUUUUCACAAAGCUUCCCACCCAGACUGCGUCUUGUCCCAUCUGAACACCCUGCGAAAGCACCGCAUGUUCACUGAUGUCACCCUUUGGGCAGGGAACAGGUCGUUCCCCUGUCAUCGGGCAGUGCUGGCUGCCUCCAGCAGAUACUUUGAAGCCAUGUUUAGCAAUGGCCUCCGGGAGAGCCUGGAUGAUGAGGUGAACUUCCAUGACAGCCUCCACCCAGAAGUGCUGGAGCUGUUGUUGGACUUUGCUUAUUCCUCUCGCAUCAUCAUCAACGAGGAGAAUGCAGAGUCCCUUCUGGAGGCUGGAGACAUGCUACAGUUCCAUGAUGUCCGAGAUGCAGCGGCUGAAUUCUUGGAGAAGAACCUCUACCCUUCCAACUGCCUGGGCAUGAUGCUGCUCUCGGAUGCUCAUCAGUGCCGGCGGCUCUAUGAGCUCUCCUGGAGGAUGUGCUUGGUCAACUUUGAGACUGUUCACAAGAGUGAGGACUUCAACAACCUUUCCAAGGACACUCUGCUGGACCUCAUCUCCAGUGAUGAGCUGGAAAUUGAGGAUGAAGAAAAGGUCUUUAAGGCUGUCAUCCAGUGGGUGAAAUAUGAUCUAGAUGAGCGGAAGGCGUAUCUCCCAGAACUUCUGAGGAAUGUUCGUCUGGCUUUGCUUCCCUCUGAAUGUCUCAAGGAAGCCUUGGCUUGUGAGGACUUGAUCAUGGUGGAUGAAAGGAACAAGCUUGUCUUGGAUGAAGCUAUUCAGUGCAAGAAGAAGAUCCUCCAGAAUGAUGGGGUGGUCACCAGUCCAUGUGCCAGGCCUCGCAAAGCUGGGCACACCUUGCUGAUCCUGGGAGGACAGACCUUCAUGUGUGAUAAGAUCUACCAAGUGGAUCACAAAGCAAAGGAAAUUAUCCCCAAAGCAGACCUGCCGAGUCCACGGAAGGAGUUUAGUGCCUGUGCCAUCGGCUGCAAAGUAUAUAUCACUGGAGGCAGGGGCUCAGAGAAUGGAGUCUCAAAAGAUGUGUGGGUGUAUGACACUGUUCAUGAGGAAUGGUCAAAAGCUGCCCCAAUGUUGAUAGCUCGGUUUGGACAUGGCUCAGCUGAACUGGAAAACUGCCUGUACGUGGUGGGUGGACACACUGCAGUAGCUGGAGUCUUUCCUGCAUCUCCUUCUGUUUCCUUGAAGCAAGUAGAGAAGUACGAUCCCGUAGCCAACAAAUGGACCAUGGUGGCUCCUUUGAGAGAUGGAGUGAGCAACGCUGCGGUGGUGAGUGCCAGGCUCAAGCUUUUUGUCUUUGGUGGGACCAGCAUUCACCGAGACAUGGUGUCCAAAGUCCAGUGCUACGAGCCAGCUGCAAAUCGGUGGAUGAUCAAAGCCGAAUGCCCACAGCCGUGGCGCUACACGGCAGCUGCUGUCCUGGGCAGCCAGAUUUUCAUCAUGGGGGGAGACACAGAAUUCACAGCAGCAUCUGCCUAUCGUUUUGACUGCGAAACAGAUCAGUGGACACGCAUUGGAGACAUGACAGCCAAGCGCAUGUCAUGCCACGCUUUGGCCUCGGGGAAUAAACUCUAUGUGGUGGGGGGUUAUUUUGGGACUCAGAGGUGCAAAACGCUGGACUGCUAUGACCCUACGUCAGACACGUGGAACUGUAUCACCACGGUGCCUUACUCACUCAUCCCCACAGCGUUUGUCAGCACCUGGAAGCACUUGCCAUCAUGAUGAGGGUCAGGGACUGGGGGCUUGUAUCCAGGAGGUCAAUAAGGUGCCAGAGUCACCUCCACGUCCCCUGUCUCACUGCUGGAGCCGACACAGUCAACGAGUUCCCUCCUGUUCCCUGUCCAGGACUCCAUGGAGCCUUUCACAUCCCUUCCAGGCACCAGGGGCAGGAGGCACAACCGGCCCUGCCACCAGCACUGUGCUGUGGUGGCACAAAGGGCCACCCAGCCCCACCACUGGCCACUGCACGGGGACAGCGAGGAGCUGGGACUGUUGGCUGCUGGGCUGGGGCUGGGUACAGGGACACAGGGAUGGCUCAUGGGUGCUGGUGACCCGACAGGACUGGGGAGAUAGAGGGUGUGCACCCACUACAUCCCUCAGCAAGCACGGCCUGGGGAGCCAUUAGGUGCUUUUUCUCACUUGGUUGGGGGGGCUAACAGAUAACAGAUUUUUUUUUUUUAAAGGUAAUGAACUUACCAUUGGGAACGGCUGCUGUUUGGGUGACUUGAAAGUGUUUUUUUAAAGGGAAGAGGGGUUAAGCCUACCUGGCUUUCUCGAUCCUCUGGCCGCUCCAGCAAUGGCUGUCGAAACAUUAAAGCGUGGGAGCUUGGGACGGCUGCCAACAGUGCCGGGUACCACGGUGAAACAGGGCAGGUGCCUUUUGUUUUGCACUUUGGGCCUUUUAAUAUUUCUUUCUUGCCCCUUUCCUCACCGCAGCCGGUUGUGAUUCGGUCAGAGGCCGGGCAGCUCCCGGCACACAGCUGCUGGGAAGAACACAGCGGCUCUGUGAGUGUGCCAAGGCACCGGCACCGCUGCCGAGAUAUUCACCAGAUAAAACCCGCUGCAUGCUCAGAGCCGGUCUUCUGAGUUUCCCCACCAAGCAGCGCGUGGGUGAGGGAGUAAUUAGCAAAUGAGCAGCAGAAACAGAGGUGCAGCGGGGCAGAGCUCGCGCCUUGGGAGGGAGCAUCUUGCCUCUAGGAGGGUCUCAGAGGGAAAACAGGUAGACUAGGGGAGCAUGGCAGGGUGGGCUGGGGAGGGAUCCCCUCCUUCCUACUGCACCGUGCAUCCUGGCUUCACCUUGCAGAGGUAUGAGCAUUUUUGGCUGCAUGUUGCCCACCAACAUUUGAGCUUUAGCUGCCCCAGGUUAUCCACGCACGCUGGCUGGCAACUGUACUUGGUUUUACCCAUGCAAGAACUACCAGUCCGAGUGACUCCUCAUUCACACUAUGGAGGAAGGCACAUGGAUUUUGACCAUUGAUCCAGGGAUGCAGCUCCUGAUUGGGCUCUUCCAGAGCUGGCUGCCGCUGAAGACUGGUCCUGCACCGCCCCAGCAUCCCAUUUUCCUCCGUGGCAGAUCUGGCCCUGCAGAUACACUGGGCUUUCCUUUCACCCCUGGAUUAGGUUAAGCUGAAGCCUAGCCAGCUGAAUGAUGCAAUGCGAUGAAAAGCCUUGACAUGGCUUCAAACAACAAUGGUCUUUUCGGAGCAGCGAGCGCCUGUUGCUGCCAGGAAGAAUAUACUUUGUGCACAGCCCGUCUGCGAUGCUCUGAAUGACGUUUAUUUACACUUUCUAGUCGUCUUUUUUUUUUUUCCUUCAGUUGCUUGUGAACUUUAAUAAAAAUGAUGAUCUGGGAAA